AAACAUGUGAGUGGGUGGAAGAAAAGAUAUUUCCCUGGAGCUUAUGCAAGGCUGGUGCUGGUGAAAUAUACUUUUCUUGAGCAUUAAGAGCAUCUGCCAGGAUAGGUAGCUACUGAGUAGCACAUCUGUGGUACUGUCUUGGGCAAAGGUAAAAGUGUGCUCUGCUGCUCUGAUUCUAAGGCGCUUGAUCUACUGAGACCAAAGAUGAUGAAUCACUCAGAAGGGAGAACUGGACCAAAUCACGCAAAGGUCAUGGGGAGUUUCAAAGGUCAUGCCCUCCCUGGAACCUUCUUCUUUAUCAUGGCUCUUUGGUGGAGCACUAAGAGUAUUCUGAAGUAUAUCUUUAGAAAGCAAAAGCGGACCUGCUACCUGGGUUCCAAAGCAUUAUUCCGUCGAGCAGAAAUUUUGGAGGGAAUUGUUUUAGUCUGCAUGGCCAUAACUGGCAUGGCUGGGGAACAAUUUAUUCCCGGAGGACCCUACUGGAGCUUAUAUAAAGAAGGCCGGUGGAACCAAAUCUUGGGCUGGCAUCAUUUCACCAUGUAUUUAUUCUUUGGACUGGUAGGGGUGUCCAACAUCUUAUGUUUCACCAUCAAUUCACUUCCUGUCUCCUUACCCAAGCUAAUGAUGUCAAAUGCUUUAUUUGUGGAGGCUUUCAUCUUCUACAACCACACUCACGGCCGGGAAAUGCUAGACAUCUUUGUGCAUCAGCUGCUGUUCUUGGCCGUCUUGUUGGCAGCUAUUGUUGCCUUCAUGGAGUUCCUGACCCGGAACAAUGUGCUUGUGGAGCUGCUGCGGUCUAGUCUCAUUCUGCUACAGGGGACCUGGUUCUGGCAGCUGGGUUUUGUCCUUUACCCCCUUGGUGGACAUCCUUCAUGGGAUCUGACAGAUCAUGAAAACGCUCUGUUUCUCACCAUGUGCUUUUGUUGGCAUUACCUAUUAGCCCUCACCAUCAUUGGAAUGAAUUAUGCUUUUAUCACAUGGUUUGUUAAAUCCAGGCUUAAGAGGCUCUGUCCCUCGGAAGUUGGACUCCUGAAAAAUGUUGAACGAGAACAAGAAUCAGAAGAAGAGAUGUGAUUUGGGCGGACACCCAGUCUUUCUAGAUAAACCUUCUCUUUUUUUCCAUUGGCUUUGUUCAUGGUUUUGUUUCUUUUCCUUUAGUUUGGAGAAUAGCCACUGAGGAUGGCUCUCAGUGUACUAUUUGCAGUUCCAACUUUGUUAAAAGCAUUUAAUUUAAGUGUUUCAUUUUAGCUUUGAAAAUACUUUGGGUGAUAAGUUCAUUUUGCACAUCAUGUACAACGUGGUCUUUACAGGCUAGGGUGAUGUUUCCCAUGCCAUCUAAAGUCUGGUGCCCAUACUAAGAGAAAUAAUUGUUUAAUUUACCUUAUAUGAAUGUUCAAGGUUCUUGGGAUUCCUACCAUUUGUAACUUGUUGGGCAUGGGAUUAUACGUGUUUAUCUUGUUGCUGCAAUGAGAAAUAAACAAAUGCAUGCACCAUGGUGCAGGAA